AUGCCCAAUCCAACCACCACUGGUUUAGCUGUUGUCUGCUAUCUGUAUGCUUUUGUGCCAAAGAGAAGUGAAACAUUUGCGCUCAAAUGUGGAGACAAGGAUGCUGCUCAGCAAGUUUUUGAUAGCAUGGGUUGCAAGACCCUUGUGGCUUGGAAUGCCAUAAUUGAUGGGUACUGCAAAUUGGGCAAGCUGGAUAUUGCUCGUUCCCUCUUUGACCAGAUGGAUUAUCGAGAUAUUAUCACAUUCAACUCAAUGAUAACUGGAUACUUCCAUAAUAGUAGCUUCAAGGAGGCCUUGUUAUUGUUUUCAAAGUUGCAAGCUUGUGCAAAUUUGGGUUCUCUACAUCAUGGAAGGAUAUUGCAUAGUUAUAUCGAGGAGAAUUUGACUCAACAAGAUGUUUUUGUUGGGACGGCACUUCUGGAUAUGUACUCAAAAUGUGGGAGGAUAGAUCAAGCGAUGCAGGUCUUCAACAGAAUGCCCAAGAAGGAUGUGUUAGCUUGGACAGCUAUGAUUUCAGGACUUGCAAUGCAUGGAGAUGGGAAAUCUGCUCUUGCUCACUUCUUGUUAAUGCAAGAAGAAGGGAUACAGCCAAACAGAGUCACAUAUAUUGGUGUCUUGAAUGCUUGUAGCCACGCGGGCCUUGUUGAAGAGGGCCAUUUCCAUUUCAAUGAGCUGAGGUAUUUAUACAAGAUGGAACCUGAGAUUGAGCACUAUGGUUGCAUGGUUGAUCUCCUUGGUCACUCUGGUUAUCUUAAGGAUGCUGAAAGGUUCAUAGAAAGUAUGCCUAUGCAACCAAAUGCUGUUAUUUGGGGUUCUCUAUUAGGUUCAUACAGAGUUUAUAACGAAGUGGAACUGGCUGAGAAGGCAGCAAAGCACCUCCUUGUUUUGGAACCCCAGAAAGAUGCAGUUUAUGUCUUAUUAUACAACAUAUAUACCCGCACAGGAAGGAGGACGAGUGCCUUCGAGAUUUGGGGCAUGAUGGAAGAUCGCGGCAUCAAAGAAUCACAUCCUGAAUUUGAUGAGAUACACAUUAUGAUGGGUGAAAUAUCAGAGAGAUUGAUGCUGGCGGGUCACAUGCCCAGCACAUUGGAGGUCUCACUAGAUAUAGACGAGGAGGAUAAGGAAAACACUUUGGGAUUGCCACUCUGCAAUCAAAAUGAUUUCCAAAAUUUGGAACAGAGAGAUUGUAGUUAG